AAAAUUUACUUACAGUUGGAAUCUAUGGGCAUAAUUUGUGACUGUCCCUUGCACCCUGCCAUAUUCAGGAGUUUGGGGACAGCUGUGACUGUCCUUUCCACUCCUGCUCUCCAGCAGUGGGGGAGCCCUCGGAGCUUGCUGCUCUUGCCGGUAUCGCUCCUCCAAGCGCCCUGGGAGCGCGGGUCGCCCUGCGAGAAGCGGCUUCAGGUCGCUGACAGCGGCGGCCGAGGCCCCUCGCUUUGUUGUGUGCUGAGUGACAGCGAGCCGGUGACGCUCCCCAGGCAUCUGCUCCAGCCCCUAAUACGGCCGGGCCUUCUGUCACCACCGCAGCCAGCCUUUAACCCCUGCGGGGUGGGCAGCGCCUGCUUGGCGGCGGCAGCGCUUCUGGCCGGACCUUCCGAGGCGAGCGGGGGCCGGGGUGGGCGUUGGGGCCGGCCGGGGUACCAAAAUAGGAGCUGUCGCUGCGGCCCCGCUGCUCCCUCCUCUUCCUAAGACGGUCACGGGCCGCCGCGGGCCGGGAGCCCCUGUAAGCGCCGUGCCGGAGGCGGCCGCGCUGCGCGGAGCGGCGCGGACAAAGCGGCGGGACUGCGGGGCGCGGCGAUGGCCGCGGCCGGGCACGAGGAGUACGCGUACCUCUACAGGGACUCCGCGCACCCCGCCGGCUUCCUGGAGGCGUUCCGGGCGUUUUACCUGGACGGGCUGUUCACCGACAUCACUCUGCAGUGCGCUUCGGGAGUCAUCUUCCACUGCCACAGAGCUGCCCUGGCAGCCUGCAGCAGUUAUUUUAAAGCCAUGUUCACAGCCGAUAUGAAAGAAAAAUCCAAAAACCAGAUCAGCCUUCCCGGGCUCAGCCAUGCGGUACUGGAAGCUCUCGUGAAUUACGCUUACACAUCGCAGAUCCAGAUAACAAAGAGAAAUGUCCAAAGCCUACUCCAGGCUGCAGACCUGCUCCAGUUCGUGUCAGUAAAGAAAGCCUGUGAGCAGUUUCUGGUAAGGCACUUAGAUAUUGAUAACUGCAUUGGGAUGCACUCCUUUGCUGAAUAUCAUGAUUGCUCAGAGCUGGAGAAAGAGUCCAGAAGGAUAUUAUUAUGGCAGUUUGAAGAAGUGUGGAAGCAGGAAGAGUUUCUGGACAUUGGCAAGGAGAAGCUCUCUUAUAUUCUCUCCAGGGAGAAUCUCAAUGUUCAGAAAGAGGAUGCAGCCAUUGAAGCUGUCAUUAAGUGGGUUGCACACAACGUGGAAGGAAGAAUAGAAGACAUCUGUGAAGUGCUGAGCUGCAUCAAAGCAGACUUAAAUAAUGUGUAUUUGAAGUCAGCUUUAAGCCUGCAAAAAAAAAGCCGACUCAAUGACAGAAAGAUAAGGUCACUCAUAUAUAAUGCCCUGAACCUCAGUCCCAAAGGACUUUCCAGAAGAUCCACAGCAGCCAUGUAUGUAAUUGGAGGAUAUUAUUGGCAUCCCUUAUCAGAAGUGCAUGUUUGGGAUCCUUUAACCAACGCAUGGGUCCAGGGAACAGAGAUGCCAGAUCACACCAGAGAGAGCUAUGGGGUCUCUAGUUUGGGACCAGACAUAUAUGUGACAGGAGGUUACAGAACAGAGAGUAUUGAAGCUCUUGACACCGUGUGGAUAUAUAACAGUGAGAGAGAUGAGUGGACAGAAGGCUGCCCCAUGCUCGAUGCAAGGUAUUACCACUGUGCAGUUUCCUUGAGUGGCUGCAUCUAUGCACUGGGAGGGUACCGAAAGGGAGCCCCAGUCCAAGAAGCUGAGUUUUAUGAUCCUUUAAUACAGAAAUGGCUUCCCAUUGCAAACAUGAUCAAAGGAGUUGGAAAUGCCACUGCCUGUGUCCUUCAUGAAGUCAUCUACGUCGCUGGAGGUCACUAUGGGUACAGGGGAAGCUGCACCUACGAUAAAAUCCAGAGAUACCAUUCAGGCAGGAAUGAGUGGAGUAUAGUCACCACAAGUCCACAUCCAGAAUACGGACUGUGUUCAAUUACAUUACAAAACAAGAUCUAUUUUGUGGGUGGACAGACCACGAUCACUGACUGCUAUGACCCAGAGCAAAAUGAGUGGAAGCAGAUGGCUCACAUGAUGGAGAGAAGGAUGGAGUGUGGCACGGUGGUUAUGAAUGGAUGCAUCUAUGUAACAGGAGGAUAUUCCUAUUCAAAAGGAACAUACCUGCAGAGCAUUGAGAAGUACGACCCUGAACUGAAUAAAUGGGAAGCAGUAGGAAAUCUUCCCAGUGCCAUGCGGUCACAUGGCUGUGUCUGUGUGUAUAAUGUGUAAGCAUUUCGUUUUCAUCUUGCUGUUACAAAAACCAGCAGAGGCAGUAUUUACAACAGUACUGAUUACCUCAUGAGGGGUUGUCUAAUACAAUCUCAGUGUACGUUGUUAACAACUAGAUAUAAUUUGUUCUCGUUUUAAACAACUCAGAAACAUAAAUGUGGUAACAAGAUUUCUGUGUAUUUUUCAGUCCAAUCAUUCUUCGUCAUGGAAGUUCUCGAAUUACUCUCUUACAAUACUUUAUACAGCAACAUAGGAACUACUGUGAAAAACAGCUUUGUUUUUUUUAAUCACUGGAUGAAAAUAUGACUUGGUGCUAGGAUGAGUAAAGCCAAACAAAAUACAGUUCUAAGGACUACUGGCCUUAAGAUGAAAUCUUUGUAUUCUGAAGGUAGCUGUCGAAAUGGUUCAUUGACACAAGCCAAGUGUAUGGUAUAUACACAGCAAUACCACUUGGAUAACUAGGUUAUCACAUUCUUAAAUGGGCAUUCACAGGAUGCCUCCAACUCUACCCUCAAGUGCCAGAGCAAAGAAAAGCUUAGGCUAGGAAUGAGGUAAGAAACAUUGGUAGUAGCCUCAGAGCACAGGCCAAAAGCGUGCACUAGUUUUCCAGAAGGAGAAGUAAAUUGCCAUUCUCACACUCAUUGACAUUGCCUUAAUGUGUUAACUUUUUUUUAAAUACCAAGUCAAGAUGUGUGCCUGUGUGGAAUGGAAGGAGGAAAUGAGAGAGACUGGAAAAUUAACAUCUGCCUGAGAGUCAAACUAUUUUGUUUAAUCUCAUUUGAUCUUUUCGAAACUGUGACUUGAGCAAAGGUAACAACUAAAGAAACUUGUCAAAGUAUGUUAUGCACGAAGAAAAAAAUUAUCUAUAGGAUUGAUUUAUUUAUUAUUUCUCUCAAAAUUUAAUAUGAGAUCUUCAGAUUCUGUGUAGAAAGUGGAUUUUUGUAAAGUGAUUUACAGACAAACAGAUCACCCUCUGGAUGGCCUGACAGCAGUGAUCUGAAUGAAGAAAUGCUUUGAGGAACAGAGGAGGCUCGCUCAGCACUGAUCUCCCAAUCCAGUUUAUAAAAUGACUGCAGAAACAGCUGUUAGACAUUGGUGUGAGAGGCAGGGACAACACAGGGCUGCUGUAGGGUGUGCUGGGAACUUCCCACACCAGCACUGCCACCUCAAAUGAAAUUCUGGUUUUAUUGUAUUUUUCAGAUAUAAAGGAGGGACUUUUCCAAGCAGUAAACUCCGAGUUUAAUAAUAAUAUUAUUU